UAACAGCGAAAAUAACUUUUUUUAAUACAACGGAUUUAAAUUAUCAUAGUGGGUGAAAUAAAAUGGAUAAGUUUCAGUCUGUAAACCUUGAAUGUUUAAAUUCAAACGAACAACUGGAAGCGAGAGUAAAGUUGACAUGUGAUCGUAACAGCUGAGAUGAGUGAAGGCCUGGUGACGAUGGCGGUGGUGUUCGGGACAGGUUUCGUCAUAGAGGGAGUCUUGUUCUUCAUGUUGAUCACCGAACUGAUCACCUGCGAACACUUGGUCUGCUUCCUGCUGGGACUCGUCGUGUGCGCCGGAAUCAUCUCCUGGAUCCUGCUGUGGAUGAAAAGAGUGGAGCGUUUGCGGGACGCUAAGAGGAAAGAGUAUCUUCUGAAGGACCGUCCUCCAGCUCGACAACAUAGAGUUCACCCCUUCGCCUUCGAGCCAGCGACCACGGUCGACACUCAGCCCCUGACGCACAAGCAGCUCUUUGAGCCGGACCAGUUGCUCAAGACAUUGCUACCUCGCAGACAAAUGGCUCUGUGUGAGGUACACCAGUACAACACAGAGCGUAGCAUCGCUGAACCUGAAUCCCUCGCCUUAGCUCAGCAGAGAAGCAAGAGUUUACCUCAUCUGUUCCCAUCCGACGCCGACGCCGACGUCGACGCCGACGUCAGUCAGCAGUAUAGCCGGAGCUGGAACACCAACUGA